AUGGAAAAGAGAACAGAAUAUAAGAUGAACGUCACAAAUAGAAGACUUGGAAGAUACCUGGUUCUUAGAGAGAACAAGAGAACACUUGAACCCCUAGCGAAACGAGAGAGAGAGAGGAAGUUAGCAUGUGUUCCUUUGUAUGAUUUUGCAGUUUUUGUGGAGAAAAUAUUGAGGGCUCAACCAAAUGUCAAGAAACUUUAUCUUCUUUUGAGAGCCAAAGAUACUGAAUCUGCUACUGAACGCUUACACAAUGAGAUAAUAGGGAAGGACUUAUUUAGAUUGCUGAAGGAAAAGAUGGGUACAAGUUUUGAUUCCUUUGUCUCAGAAAAGUUGAAUGUGGUGCCUGGAGACAUUUCUCAAGAGGACUUGAAUUUGAAGGACUCCAUUCUUGGGAAAGAGAUCUGUAAUCAAACGGAUGUUAUAGUUAAUUUGGCUGCAACAACCAAAUUUGAUGAAAGAUAUGAUGUUGCAUUGGGUAUAAAUACAUUAGGAGCUAAGCAUGUGUUGAGCUUCGGCAAAAAAUGUGUUAAACUAAAAGUGCUUGUCCACGUAUCAACAGGUUAG